UUCCCGCCAAAAGAAGCCCCCUCUUCCGCGCUACUGCCCUAAUCCCGCCGCCGCAGCCGCAGCCGCAGCCGCCGCCUCAUUCCCCGCCGUCGGAGAUCGCCACCCCGAACCACCCGCGCCGCCGCCGUGGUUAGCGCGACAAUGGCUGCGCCGCCCGGUGAGGCUCCGCUCACCGCCGCCACCAACAUCGAGCCGUUCUAUGUCCUCCACAAGGGCGGCGCCGCUGCCUCGUCGUCCUCCUCGUCGGCUCCCUCGCUGCCGUCGUCCGGCCGGGCGCGCCGCCGGAUCGACGUUUCCGGGCUGGCAUCUCCCAACCCCAAACCCGGGAAGAGAUCCCGCGACGACGACGCCGCUGAGGACGACGACGACGACGAGCUGUACGAGCGGCUCCGCCUCGACGCCUUCCACCGCGUUUGGUCCAAGAUCCAGUCCACCAUCAAUGAGGUUCUUCGGGGGAUCAGCCUCAAGCUGUUCGACCAGGUGCUGCGAUGGGUGCAGGAAUCCUUCUCCGCAGUCCGCUCCAUUGCGAGACCUUCCGCAGCCGAGGUGCGGCAGCCAUACCCUCUCCUCACCGAUGUGAUCUGCAGGAAGAUACCGACGGCUUUUGUUCUCACCAAGAAUGCGGAGUUCGUUGACGACAUCACGACAUUCCGGGAUCUUGCAGAGUAUCUUGAGUCCAAUGGAUGUCACCUGGCCAAGCUGUCGGCGACUGAAUUAUCGGAAAAAAAUGGAGUUGGUUGUUGCUUCAGGAGCUUGUUGAGGCAGCUACUUUCAGAUGUUCCAGAUGUAGCGGAUAUAUUUGCACUUGCAUCUUGGUACUCUGCAGCUGAGAACUAUGAUCAGCCUAUAGUCGUCGUAAUUGAUGAUUUAGAGCAAUGCUCUGGUGAUGUCCUGGGAGAGCUUGUGAUGAUGCUAAGCGAGUGGGUGAUUAAAAUUCCCAUCUUCUUUGUGAUGGGGAUUGCAACCACCCUUGACGCACCAAGGAAACUACUCUCAUCAGAAGAUCUUCAAAGAUUAGAGCCGUGCAAGCUGACCUUGGGGUCUCCUUCUGAUAGAAUGAACGCACUUGUUGAGGCUAUCCUUGUCAAACCAUGUGCUGGAUUCUGUAUCAGUCAUGAAGUUGCAGUUUUCCUUAGAAAUUACUUUUUCAAGCAUGAUGGGACCAUAACAUCUUUUAUUAGUGCUCUCAAGCUUGCUUGUAGUAAGCACUUCUCUGUCGAACCUCUGAGCUUCUUGUGCAUGGGAAUGCUUGAAGAGGAUCGUGAGAACUUCUGGCAUGAUAAGUUUAAUGCACUACCCCAAGAAUUGCGGAAAUAUGCAUCUGGUCUCCCGUCAUGCACAAGGGAAAAGGACUCAACCAAGUCUGGCGACAAUAUGGUUGACGGGUUGUCUGAGCUUAUGAAUAUUCAAAAAGAUUGGAGUUCAGUUCUCUUGUGCUUGUAUGAAGCUGGAAAACAUGGUAAAGUGCAACUUUUGGAUAUUUUCUGUGAGGCUGUAAACCCUGACCUGCACACUCAGAAGGCACCCAAUCUACCAAAUGAGAAGUCAGGAACUAGUAGAAGAUUUAUAGAUCAGGUGAUGGAUACAAUAAGGUACCUUCCAGUGGAAACACUAUUUUGUCUUCUAGAAGUUUGGAGCAUCCAUCUAAACGGGAUGGAUAAGAUAACAAACAAGGUGAAAGAGCUUCAGUCCACCACAAUCAGUACAGACAGUGUGAGGAUCACAAAGGAUAAGUGGCCUAGGAGAUCAACAAAUAGUACUGGAAAUAGUACAGUAGCACUGAAUGAUAAAGUGGCUAUGCUGUUGGAUGAUGUUACCAGGAAAUUUCUGGUCUCUGUUGAGUGUUUACCUUUUCAUGAAAUCGUCUGUUUCAAGAAUGUUAGCAUUCUUCAAUCUGCUUUAAUUGGAAAUCCGAGAAGAAUGGUCCAGCUUGAUCUAGUCAAGUCACACAAACAUCUUAAAUGCUCUUGCUGCAGGAAGAAUGGAAUUGCUGUGUUGGCAUCCAUGCAUGAUACAUCAAUUAUGUGCAAUCUAGCCCAAGAAUAUGGUGAUGUAAUCAACCUUCAUGACUGGUACAUAUCUUUCGAUGGCAUUAUCAAUAGCGUGCAUUCAAAAAUCAAAAGGAAACCGCACACAUCUCCCUCGAAAAAGAAAUCAAAACCCGUUGCUGCGGAGAGUGAAGCCAUGAUCCAAGCAAGGUUUUGCAGAGCUGUCACCGAGCUACAGAUCACCGGACUUCUUCGGAUGCCGAGCAAGAGAAGGCCAGAUCUUGUGCAGAGAAUCGCAUUCGGCCUUUGAGACCUUCAACGCUAGUUUACCAACUGCAAACCAGUGUUUUUCAGACUUGUGAUGCUCACAGCUUUUGCACAUGGCGGUUGCUGAUGAAUGAUGAUGGCAUGUGAGUUUAUAUGAUGUUAUCGUGCAAAUGGAGGAAAUAUGGAUUAUUCAGAAACCCCAACGACGGCUGGAAACUUGAUAUUCGGUUGACAAAAUGAAGCAGCUACCGUUGCCCAUUUGGAAUUUAUGACUGCUUGUUUGCACUGCAUACUGGAUAUUGUCUUUUAUUCUUGCAGUCAGUAGCAUUAGUUCUCGGCUUUGUUCUCUGUACAUCUGAUGCAGCCUAACUCAUCAAGCUUGUAAUUUUUGUAAUUCGAGUAUGUGAAUUCUGACGCACUAACAAUCCAUACGAGUGCCCUUCAAUUUUCGUAAAAUUGAUCUCGAUAUACUGGUAGUAA